AUGGCUGUGGUUUUAGAAUUUUUAUGCUUUGGGUAUUUCAUUCUAAACUGCCUCGGUGGUGUAGUGGCUAGCAUGUACGGCUGCACACUCGGAGGUCCUGGGUUCGAGUCCCGGGUCGGGCCAAGUUUAGUUAUUGAGUCUUUCUGUAUAGUAAGUCUCAGUAACAGCCCGGAGUUGGGAAGUUGGCGGUUUUAUACCACCGUGCCUCGGAGAGCACGUAAAGCCGUCCUGCGCUUUAACUCUCACUGGUCGUAUCGAGCAGUUCUCCCACCGGAGUAUGAGAGUAGUAGGAAUAGAGAGUGCACGUUGUGUCUGCGCGUACACUUGUGCACUAUAAUAUCUCCUGCGCAGUUGGCUAGUCUCAAUGAGAUUGGCCGCCGUGGUCGGAAUCGGUCAGGAGAACAUCAUCAUCAUCAUUUCAUUCUAAAACCACUUCUAGAC